GUAGCUGUUUUCUUUUUCCUGUUCUAGACUUCCAGGCAACCACAUACAGCUCCAAGAGAUCUGCAACACUCACUCCAUUUCCCACCACAUCCUAUCAGCGCUGCAGCAGAGGCUGUAAAGACUUCAACAUCUGAAAAGAGGUGCCUGGCACCUGAACCCAGUCAACAGCCUGCCGGCAGGGAGAAGAGGAGUGAAGUAAAAGGUCCGAAUGUGGUGAAAUGCGUGACUGAUACAUCUCCCAUCAUUAAAACCGGUCUGAUGCCACCGCCACCUCCACCCCAGCCAAAAGGUGGAAACACGGUGAGAACUGGGGUAACCAGAGGGAGACAGCCGCAUCCCAUCACUGUACCCAGUGAGGCAAAGCAACCUCCAAGGAAGAAUUCUGGAGUAGUCUCCAGGUCCCCAGUACGCAGCGGCGUGUUUGUCACCAUGGCCUUUGUGGGGGAAAGUUUCUUUUUACCUGGCCAGUACACUGAUGGCAGAAAUGAAAUCGCAGUCUAUCAGCAGCACUGUGGAGGGGAAGUCCUGUGUGUAUACAAAGGCAGCCUGUUGGAAGGAGAGACCUUUCAGUUCAUGUCAAGGAAGCACCGAGGUUUCCCGUUCAGCCUCACCUUUUUUGUCAAUGGGCCACAAGUGGACAGAUUGAAAUGCUGCUGUGAAUACAACCAGAGGCCCUCCGCGGUGAAAAGCCGAUAUGGACACUUCAGACUUCUCAGUGUGGAGGGAGCAUCUCCUUGCAACAGGUGUGUUAUUGCAGCGCACCUGGACAAAAAGUCAGUGCCACCCAAGGAAAAGAUGGAGGAGGACUGUGAGGAAAAUCCAGGGGAGACGGCGGGGUGGAAAAGUACCAGACAGAGCCUCGUUUUACUGGAGAAGUACCGGAAGGACCUUUGUUUUGGCGGGAAGAGGAGGAAUGGAAAAACACCAGAGAACCCCCCCUCAACAACACCAGAGAAUCUGAGAAGAUCCAAGAAACUCCACUAUGCUUCCGUGGACUAA